AUAUGCCUUGAGAUGAUGAGGAGGUUUUUGUUACUGUAUGCUACACAGAAAGGGCAGGCAAAGGCCAUAGCAGAAGAAAUAUGUGAGCAAGCUGUGUCGCAUGGAUUUUCUGCAGAUCUUCAUUGUAUUAGUGAGUCAGAUAAGUAUGAUCUGAAAACUGAAACAGAUCCUCUUGUUGUUGUUGUCUCUACCACCGGCACCGGAGACCCCCCUGACACAGCCCGCAAGUUUGUUAAAAAAAUACAUGACAAGACACUGCCGGUUGAUUUCUUUGCUCACCUGCGGUAUGGAUUAUUGGGUCUGGGUGAUUCAGAAUACACAUACUUCUGUAAUGGGGGGAAAAUAAUCGAUAAAAGACUUCAAGAGCUUGGAGCCCGACAUUUCUAUGACACUGGACAUGCAGAUGACUGUGUAGGUUUAGAACUCGUGGUUGAACCGUGGAUUGCUGGACUCUGGGCUGCCCUCAUGAAGCAUUUUAGGUCAAGAGAACAAGAGGAGAUGAGUAGAGCUCUCCCGGCAGCAUCUGAUGCCUCCUUGAGGACAGACCCUGUGAAACCGGAGUUGUUACGCGUUGAAUCACAAGUCGAGCUUCUGAGAUUAGAUGAUUCAAGAAGAAAGGACUCUGUGGUUUUGGGACAGAAUUCAGCAAACAGUGGUCAUCCGAAUGCUGUGACUGAAAACGCUGAGUCCUCACUUACCCAUUCAGUACCCCCGCUCUCCCAAGCCUCUCUCAGUAUUCCCGCUUCACCCCCAGAGUACUUACAGGUGCAUCUGCAGGAGUCUCAUGGCCAGAUGGAAAGCCAAGCAUCUGUGACUUCAUCAGAUCCAAUUUUUCAAGUUCCAAUUUCAAAGGCAGUUCAACUUACUACAAAUGAUGCCAUAAAAACCACUCUGCUGGUAGAAUUGGACAUUUCAAAAACAGAUUUUUCCUGUCAGCCUGGAGAUGCCUUUAAUGUGAUCUGUCCUAACAGUGAUUUUGAGGUACAAAGCCUACUCCAAAGACUGCAGCUCGCAGAUAAAAAAGAUCACUGUGUCCACUUGAAAAUUAAAGCAGAUGCAAAAAAGAAAGCAGCUGCCUUACCCCAGCAUGUACCUGAGAGAUGUUCUCUACAGUUCGUUCUCACCUGGUGUCUUGAAAUACGAACAAUUCCUAAAAAGGCGUUUUUGCGAGCCCUUGUGGACUAUACCAGCGACAGUGCUGAGAAGCGCAGGCUGCAGGAGCUGUGCAGUAAACAGGGAGCAGCCGACUACAGCCGCUUUGUGCGAGAUGCCUGUGCCUGCCUGUUGGACCUCCUGCUGGCCUUUCCGUCCUGUCAGCCACCGCUUAGUCUGCUGCUCGAACAUCUUCCUAAACUCCAACCCAGACCAUAUUCAUGUGCAAGCUCAAGUUUAUUUCACCCAGGGAAGCUUCAUUUUGUUUUUAACAUCGUGGAGUUUUUGUCUAGCACCACGACGGUGGUGUUGCGGAAGGGAGUGUGCACAGGCUGGCUGGCCGCGAUGGUUGCCCCACUUCUUCAGCCAGACACACGUGCGUCACUUGCAGACAGCGGAAGAGGCCCGGCUCCUGAGAUAUCCAUCUCUCCACGAACAACAAAUUUUUUCCAUUUGCCAAAUGACCCCUCAGCCCCCAUCAUAAUGGUGGGUCCAGGAACUGGCAUAGCACCCUUUAUUGGUUUCCUACAACAUAGAGAGAAACUCCAAGAAAAACACCCAGAUGGAAAUUUUGGAGCAAUGUGGCUGUUUUUUGGCUGCAGACAUAAAGAUAGGGAUUAUUUAUUCAGAGAAGAGCUUAGACAUUUCCGUAAGUGUGGGAUCUUAACUCACCUAAAGGUUUCCUUCUCAAGAGACGGUCCUUUGGGGGAAGAGGAAGCCCCAACAAAGUAUGUGCAGGACAACAUCCAGCUUUACGGCAAACAGGUGGCAAGAAUCCUCCUUCAUGAGAAUGGUUCUAUUUACGUGUGUGGAGAUGCUAAGAAUAUGGCCAAGGAUGUAAAUGAUGCCCUUGUGGAAAUAAUAAGCAGUGAGAAUGGAGCCGGAAAACUAGAGGCAAUGAGAACACUGGCUACCUUAAAAGAAGAAAAACGGUAUCUUCAGGAUAUUUGGUCAUAAAACCAGAAAUUAAAGGAAGAGAAUUAAGCUUUUUUGGCUGAGAAUACUAAAAGGCAAUUUUGCUGAGGCUGAGAGUUUAAAUUUUUAAAAUAAGAAUUUUUAUAACAUUUCUAAGAGGAGGUAGGGUGGGGAGUACAUCACUUACCAAAACAGCAAAACUUCCUGAUUCAUUUUUACAUAUUUUCCAUCUACUCCCUUCCUGUGCCUGUGCCCCUCUCACAUAGCCCUGUUGCUUGCAGGCCCCCCGAGUUGAGGGGCAGCCCCCAAUGGCCAUCAGCACCCCUCUGGGGCCUUCCUUAUACCCCAGGGAACUCACGGAGACCUUGACCAGUUCCAAGGACUCUAUCUGUCCAUGCAAAGGCUGCCUGAUAUGGGGGCAGGCACUGGAAUUUACUCAAUGGGUAACUUAUGAGCUUAGGUUUAUGUUACCAGUUUUUUAAAUAAUGUAAAAUAAUUUAUAACUUUAUAUGAAAUAUACCCAUAAAGAAUAUUCAUAUUAAUGUAUUUAAAUUACACAUAUAGAGCAUAUCUGUUGCAUGUUUAUGUAACUAUCAAAUGGUUUUUAUUACCAAAUCUAUAUUUCUGAUAAAAAAUAUUUUAAGGUAGUUCUCUAUAAAGGGAUUUUUUUAAGUGAUGCUAGAAAUGUAAAAUAUCUUUUGAAAUUCCACUCUGGCAUAUGUUUUAUUUAUCAUAACUACUUCUUUUGAUAUCAUAAUCCCAGAACUUAGGGACAAUAUAAUUUAUUUCACCUCCAUGAUACCAUUCAAGCUGUACCCGAGGCUUAAAAUACCGACUUCAACUAGUAGCCUGGUAUUUUUUAGAUUCCCAGUGUCAGAUUCUUUUAAAAUUUGUCAAAACAGAAAACAAAAUGUAAAGGGGUAUGGUAAUUUUUCUCCUAGACUUACAUAUUGUCUUUUAUUUAAUAGCUUGGCAUUUAUAAAACCUCUACCUAUCAAAGGCUUCUGGUCAUUUUGAGAAAUAAAGAUCUGAAAAAAUAUGGCAUAAUCGUAAGAUUUGA